ACCACAGUUUCCUAAUUAUAUCUAAGCCUAUGUAUUGCCAUCAGGAACUUGGAGAUGGACAGUGACAGCCUCCUGUGACAGUUUUUUGUUUUACCAGAAUCCAGUAACAGAAAGGAAGACUUCAAUCAACAUGUAUUGGAUACAUAUAUUCCCUGUUAUUUUUUUAAUUCUGAGGUUUCCACAACAUGGAUUGUCUUGUCCACAAUCAUGUGCCUGUUAUGUCAACUCUGAAGUCCACUGUACAUUCCGGUCUCUCAUAGCAGUGCCGGCGAGAAUGCCAAAACAUGUGGAAAGAAUCAAUUUGGGGUUCAACAGCAUUCAGAGUAUUGCUGAGGACUCUUUCGCAGGACUAGCAAAACUGGAGAUGCUUCUAAUUCACAGCAAUGAAGUCCAUAACAUUCCCAAUGGUGCCUUUCAAGACCUGAUUUCAUUGCAGGUUUUUAAAAUGAGCUACAACAAACUUAAAGUACUAACAAGUCACACAUUUCAUGGACUUUUCAGCUUAACAAGAUUACAUGUCGACCACAAUAAAAUUGAAUUUAUACACCCCAAUGCUUUUCAUGGCUUAACAUCUUUAAGGCUGCUUCACUUGGAAGGAAAUUUGCUUCAACAGCUUCAUGCCAAUACAUUCUGCACUUUUAAUUUCCUAGAUUAUUUCAGACAGUCCACAUUAAAACACCUGUAUUUAUCAGACAAUUUGAUUCAAACACUCCCUGCUGGCAUGAUAGAAUCUAUGCCAUUACUGGAAAACCUGUAUCUCCAUGGAAACCCAUGGACAUGUGACUGCCACUUAAAAUGGCUCCUGGAAUGGGAUGAACAAUCUAAUGGUGUUUUAAAAUGUAAGAAGGACAGAUCAUAUGAAAACGGGCAGCUGUGUCCAAUGUGUACAAGUCCAAAGCAACUACAAAAUCAAGAAAUUCAGAGUCUGAAAGAUAUUUCCUGUUCUAAACCGGUGAUUUAUUCACCAGACAGAAUAAACAGUAGUGAAACCUAUACAGAAGAUGAUGAAAAUGACCAACAGUUGAUGCAUAUGUAUAAAGAUUAUAUAGGGAAAGUCAUUCUAAAUAUGACCGAUGAACACGGAAACAAAGUCAAUUUGGAUUGUGGCAUGAAAAAGUCAACUGACUUCAGUAAAAUCAAUUGGAAUCAACCCCAACCAGAAGAAAUAGACAUAAAUGCUACCUUUAGUCUUGAUUUUGAAUGCCCAAUGAAUCGUGAAAACUAUGAAAAAUUAUGGAAACUGAUAGCUUACUACAGUGAAGUACCUGUGAAGUUGGAAAGGGAACUGAUGUUUACAGACAAUCCAAAAGUGACUUACAGAUAUCGACAGAACCCAGAUCAAGAUUCAUAUUACUUUACAGGUGUUAGAUCUUUAAUUACAGCAGAACCUGACUGGGUGAUCCAACCAACUGUUCGUCUCCAGUUAAACAGAAAGUUGAGUACAGCUAAGAAAGUAACAUUAUCAUUUUCUACUCAGUAUUCACAGUUAAUUCAUACUAAGGAAAUCCAGUAUCCAAAAAAUAACUGGGUGAUGAUAGACACAAAUGCCAAAACAAAAACAUCUUACAUUUCUAUCAAAGGAAAAACCUGCCAGCUUAGUUGUAAUGUGAAGUCAUCAGAAACUCCCUCCAUACAAUGGAGUCUUCCUGAUGGGACAAUAUUGAAAGCUCCCUUCAAUAGCCAGGAUAGUAGAUUCUCUGUAUCUGCUGGAGGACAUUUGAUCAUAAACACAGCAGAUGCUAUGGACUCUGGGUCAUACCAUUGCAUUGCUCAAGUCAGGCAUGAAAUUGAUAUAUUGACCAUUCGAGUUGUUGUAAAGCCACCAACAAGCCAAAUAUCUGAGCGUAGUACUAAAGUGAUUACAAAAACGGUUGGGGAAACUAUAACAUUGACUUGCAAUGCACUUGCCAAUCCCGAUGCAGAUGUCAACUGGAUAUUACCCGACAAUGUCAUUAUUGAUGCUCAGGCAAACAAAUCAAAUGCAUAUCUGUUAACUAAUGGCUCACUGGUAAUCCCUCAGACUAAAGUGUCUGACAGUGGACUCUAUGUAUGUAUAGCAGCAAAUCAACAUGGAACUGAUCACUAUAGCGUGCAAAUAGACGUAAGUAACAAAGUUGCUAAAAAGUCAUAUGAAGUGCCAAAAAUAAAAAUGCGUCCAAUUAUAAAAAUUCCAUUAAAAGCAAAGAUUAAUAUAGUUGGUGAUGAUGAAGGAUCAGGGGAAAAAGUGGUGCAAGAAGAGACCGAGAAAUAUAACAUUGUUAAAAUAGGAUCAGGCAAAAGUAAAGGAUCACAGUUAUCUAGAUUAUCAGACAAAGGAAAAAAAAGAAAAGACAGAAGGAAAAUGAAUGUAUGGAAAGGUACAGAGAUAGAUAAAGGAACCAAUAUAGCAGAAGGUAGAAGGAAAUUUGAAUCAAGGAGGAGAAUAAAUAUGGGGAAUAAACAGAUAGAUCCUAGUCAAUGGGCUAACAUUUUAGCAAAGGUUAGAGGCAAAAAUGUCCCCAAAACCACAGAGACUCCUCUUUUAACCACAACAGAAGUCACCGCUAUACCUAUAUAUAAGACCAAAACCCCUUCUACAAUUUCAAGGCCACCAAUUAAAUCUACAACAGAAUCAGAAACAAAUGUGGAUGAAAUAUCUGCAGAUGAAGAGGAACUAUUAAUGAUCACUUCUUCACCACAGCCAGCAAUCACACAUUAUAACCAUGAUCUAACAUCAUUGUCAAGUCACAUAGAUUUAGAUAUAAUUUCUGAUAUAACAGAAGAUGACAGUAAAAAGUUAUUUUCUGAAGGAAAUCAAGAUACCUUGACCACUAAGUCAGACCAUGAAUGGGCAGUUUAUAGUACAUCCAAGCCUGUGAUGUCAACACCUGAAACCUUGGAUAUCAAUGACUUAGCCUAUUCAAUAGAUGAAGAGGAAACAAUGAAUGCUUUUACUGAGUGGGAAGAUAAAGACAGCAUUGAUACGAUCCCUAACAGUCCAACAGUAGAAGGAGAACACAAACAGGACUAUACAACCAGAAAUGUUCUAUAUGGACAAUACCUAGAGGAAGAGUCGAAUUACAUUAAUAGGCAAACAUUUGCAAACAUGAAUACAGCUGGAAAUGUUCUAGUUAAAAUGGAAACCACUACAGCCGAAAUGUACACAAUUCCAAUGGAAAAUGAUGCUUACUAUUCCAGCACACACUCUUUUAAAAGUACAUCUCCUUAUGAAGGCACUACUUCUGAAAAUAUGAUACAAAGCACUAACUACAUCUCACAGAUAGAAGAUAACUAUAUGCAUUUCACAACUAGCAAACUGCAGACUGCUAAAAGUAUGGAAGACUAUGAUCCAAUAUUUUCCAAAGCAAUUGGUGGUAUGAUACCAGAAACAAUCCCUGUUACACCUUCACUGAUGGAAACCACAUCAAGUAUUAACUUCCAACUUCCUACUACAGCGAUAUCUUUGACAAUGACCAGUGAAAAUAUUGUUAAAGAUAUAAAUGAGGAUGUUCGUUCUGAAGACUAUGCUAAACAAACAGAAAUCCUUUCUACUAAUAUAAAAAAAGAAGGUAUUGAUUCAUUUGAUAAAGAAAACGGUGCAGAAAACGAAAGUACAACUAUGAAUAUAAAUAUGGCUUACGUAGAAGACAAACAAACAUCAACAUCAAGAAAAAUGCCAACAGUUCCUACACAUACCCAGAGACCAACUACAACAACUUCCAUGGCUACAAAUGGCAGCAUUCAUAACCCAAGGCGCAGGCCCAAUGGAAAGAGACGGUUUAGACCUAAUCGUUUUAGACAUCGUCAAAACAAUGUUAUUCCUAAUUUUUCAGCAACAACACAAGUAGCCAUAAAGCCAUUAAUUGAACAACCCGUUGUGUCACUCUCUCAUAGGGAAAAUACCACUAAAUCAAUUUUACCACCACCACUACCAACAACAAAAGAAAUGCAACUUUACAAAACAACGAUUAAUACUCCAUCUGAUAGAAAAACUACAACAACAUCAGUGCUGACUAAACCCAUUGUAAUCCAUUCACCAGAAAAGACCAAUUUAAAAAGUUCAUUUGUUACUUCAGCUCCAGAAUACACGAAUCAGCUACACACAGCAAUUAUAGAAAAUUCAGAAAUACCGGUCGUGACACCUCCUACAACAACAGAGCCAUUAAAAACACACAACACUGAAAAAAUCUAUGAUCUUAACACAUUAGAACAAGUUACAGUUGCUACGAAAAUAAAUCAAUUACUACUUGAUACAUAUAAGGACAAGGCACCUGAGGAAUUCUUCAGCCCUCUUCCUGAUGAAGAUGUAUUCAGUACUACACACACUGCACUAAAACCAUUACAGCCAUACAGAGAAUUUAGUACUAGUGCUCCCAUGCAGCAAAAAACUAUCCCAAUGGAUAUACCAAAUGAGGCAGGAAUAUAUACAGCAUCUAUCACAGAAGCACCUCCAACUAUUGCUAGUACAAUUGAGAAUACUUUAAAAGAAUUAAAUUAUGGUUCCUUUGAUUUAACAACAAAAGUUACAAAUAUACCUACUAAUGCUUCUGUCCAUGAUGCAAUUGGAACUACAGUACAAGUCAAUAUUGAAAAAUAUAGUUUCAACGCUCCAGACACAUCUUAUGGAGGAAAGAAACAAGAGGAAAAGCUUAUUAAACCAACUGUUUAUACUAAGAGUACAGAAUAUACUCAAUCAAGUCCUAGGUUUUUAGUUCCCACUACAAAUGAACACUUACCAUCUACAGUCAAGGUUUAUGAAACCACAAUGAGAGAGUCAUCAACACAAUCAGCAAAAUCAGUACAAGAAAACAUACAUUCACUAAGACAAAAUGAACUGGAUAGAGUUUCAGCCAGUCAAAAAAAGGAAUUUGCACAGCCAAGACAAGAGAACUUUAAGGAAAUUCAUGGUACUAAGUCCAGUAAUAGUAUUCCUUAUUUUACAAAACAGAAUAGCCAAUCUCAAACGGCUCAUAAGCAACACCACGCAAUACCUCCAGUCCAGCAGAGUCCAGCAAGAGUGACUGUAAGAACUCCCUAUAUUGGAACACAUGGACCACUACGUUAUUUUGUAACUAAUCAACCACUGUAUAUCACAAAUAAACCGGAAAUUACUGCUUAUACAGCACAGAACAUUCAAGAUAGAAGAACAUCUACCCUAGUAUUCUCCACAAGUACUUCAACAAGUACAACAACAGUUCCACCAUUAUUUAGACCAAGACCUAUAACUCCAAGCAAAUUUAAUCAAGGCCAAAGGCUUCCAAUUAACUACAGACCUUUUGGAAAUAAUGUAUUUACAGAUGGUAAAGGUACUAUGCCAAAAAUUCCUUAUCAAGGACAUCCAUUCUACAUGAAUCCACGAUUUCAAUACCGUUAUAACAGGACAAAGCUAUAUCGAUUUAGUGGAACUCCUAAAUCUCCUCUUCCAACUUUGGCUGCACCAAUAAUCAUGACCACUAAGGACAGUCUCGGUAAUUCAUUUAAAAGAACAACAGUAUCAAGUACAGUAUUAAGAACUACUACUCCUUUUACAACUGUCAGAGAGACAAUAACUUCAAAAAUCCCUUUUAGGUACCCAAUAUUCACUACGCCUUUUUCAUAUGUUGUGCAAACCGGCUUGUUCAGGCCCAGCUCAACUAUUCAGUCACACUCGUAUAAUAACCCCUUUAACCAGAGACCACCAAUUACAUCACGUGAAGAUGGCUCAACACUUAGACAUCCCAAUGUUGUUCAGCCACCUAUAUACUCUAGCGCACAAGGGGUUAAACCUAGGAUUACAACUACAGGAUUCCAGUCUCUAUCUGUGCCAUUUGAAAUGGAUGCUGUUUUACCAUGUGAAACUGUUGGUGAGCCCAAACCUUCAAUAUCUUGGACAAAAGUUUCCACAGGUGCCGUGAUGACAGCAAACACAAAGAUACAACGAUUUGAAGUCUUGGACAAUGGCACUUUACAUAUUCUAAAUCUUCAGCUACAAGACCGUGGUCAAUAUCUCUGCACGGCGCAGAAUCUGCAUGGCUCAGACAAGAUGAUAAUUACAUUGACAGUUAUGUCCCAGCAGCCAAAAAUACUUCUGACGCGCUAUAAGGAUGUUACGGUAUAUCUUGGGGAUACAGUUACAAUGGAUUGUCGGGCAAGUGGUGUACCAUCACCCCAUAUAUCUUGGAUAUUCCCUGACAGGAAAAUAAUGCGAGCCAUUUCAGCUACGGAGAGUCGCAUCAUGCUUUCUGAAAAUGGAACUUUAUCCAUAAAGGAUAUUACAUUUACCGAUAGAGGAAUCUAUAAGUGUGUGGCUAGCAAUGUGGCCGGAGCUGACAGUUUGACUGUGAGGGUUCAUAUAGCUGCUCUGCCUCCUAUUAUUCAACAAGAAAAGUUAGAAAACAUAUCUCUUCCUCAAGGUCACAGCAUAUAUAUCCACUGUUUGGCAAAAGGUGCCCCACUACCAAAUAUUCGCUGGAUUCUUCUAGAUGGUACACAGGUUCGUCCUUCUCAAUUCGCAAAUGGAAAUAUGUUUGUGUUUCCAAAUGGCACACUUUACAUACGGAAUAUUUCACAGAAGGACACUGGGAAGUAUGAAUGCAUUGCAACGAACAUUGUUGGGACUUCUAGAAGGGUAAUCAUUCUGGAUGUACGGAAAUUUACACAGAAUGCCAAAAUAACUGCAACUUCUCCCCAGAAAACUGAUGUAACCUAUGGGAGCACUCUGCGUCUUGACUGCAGUGCAGCCGGUGAUCCUUGGCCAAGAAUAUUAUGGCGGCUUCCUUCAAAAAGACUUGUGGACUCUUUCUUCAGCUUUGACUCCAGAAUCAAGACAUUUGCAAAUGGCACACUGAUCGUCUAUUCUGUUACAGACAAGGAUGCUGGGGACUAUCUGUGCAUGGCACGGAACAAACUCGGAGAUGACUAUGUGGUACUUAAAGUAAAUGUAAUGAUGAAACCAGCUAAAAUACAACAUAAGAAGGAAAAUGAUCACAAAGUUACUUAUGGGGGGGAUUUGAAAGUUGAUUGUGUAGCAACUGGAGUUCCAAACCCUGAAAUUUCCUGGAGUUUACCAGAUGGUAGCAUGGUGAACAACGUUAUGCAGUCAGAUGACAGCGGCUCAAGGACAAAGAGAUAUGGAGUAUUUAAUAAUGGAACCUUGUACUUCAAUGAAGUGGGAAUGAAAGAAGAAGGAGACUAUACGUGCUAUGCAGUGAAUCAGAUUGGUCAAGAUGAGAUGCGUGUUAGCGUUAAAGUGGUGGCAGAACGAGCUUUUAUUAAGAAUAAAACAUAUUCCAUUAUCAAUGUGCCAUAUGGAGAUGUUGUUAUGGUUUCCUGUGAAGCUAAAGGAGAACCUCUACCACAAAUUACCUGGCUAACUCCUGCAAAUAGACCAAUACCUGUAUUGUCAGAGAAGUAUCAGAUUUACAGAGAUGGUACUCUACUCAUCCAAAAGGCACAAAGGUCGGAUAGUGGCAAUUAUACAUGCCUAGCACACAAUAGUGGUGGGGAAGAGAAAAAGAUUGUUCAAAUUCAAAUUAAUGUCCUCCCACCUAAAAUCAAUGGCCAUUCCAAUAAAAUAACCACAGUAGAAGAAACUGCAAUGAAAGAUUCACGCAUUCUGAUUGACUGUAAUGCUGAAGGAAUUCCAACACCUCGUGUCAUGUGGGCAUUUCCUGAAGGAGUCAUUCUCCCUGCACCUUACUAUGGAAAUAGAAUUACUGUCCACAGGAAUGGUACACUAGACAUCAAAGUUCUAAGGAAAACUGAUUCUGUUCACUUAACAUGCAUUGGACGUAAUGAAGGUGGAGAGGCCAGAUUGAUUGUGCAGUUGACUGUUACUGAACCAGCUGAAAAACCGAAGUUUAUAACUGAUAAUGAGAAUAUUGUCGUGGCAGAAGGUGAGACUGUAAAUCUUAACUGUUCGGUUACAGGGUCACCUGAGCCUGAGAUAAGUUGGAUUCUUCCCAAUGGCACAGUGAUUAAAAAUGGUAAUCAUCUCCAUAGAAUUUUUCAUAAAACAGAUGGCACACUACAUAUUGGUUCAGUAGCCAUUGCUGAUGCUGGGACUUAUCGCUGCAGAGCCCAAAAUGUGGCUGGACAUGCAGACAAAAUGGUCAGCUUACAGAUUGGUCGUAAACCACAAAUGAAUAACCACUAUAACAAUUUAAUCAGUAUAAUUAAUGGGGAAACAUUACAACUUCACUGCACUACCCAAGGGGAACUAAAGCCCCAUAUAUCGUGGACAUUACCAAAUGGCAUGGUUAUUGAUGGCCCACAAAACAAGGACCGCUUUUCCCUUUUACAAAAUGGAACCCUAGUGAUACGAGAUACAUCUGUAUAUGAUAGAGGAAGUUAUCUAUGCAAAGCAAAAACGCAAUAUGGUUCUUCAACCAUGAGUGUCCCAGUAAUAGUUAUUGCAUAUCCACCACGCAUAACAACAAGUCCUGCACCUGUUAUUUAUGCAAGACCAGGAAGUUCGGUCCAGUUAAAUUGCAUGUCCAUCGGAAUACCAAAAGCUGAAAUAACUUGGAAUCUUCCUGACAAAUCUCAGUUGACUUCAUUAGCGCAAUCACGUUUAUAUGGAAACAAAUUUCUCCACCCUCAAGGGACAUUAGUAAUUCAACACAUUUCAAAAAGAGAUAUGGGCUAUUAUAAAUGCACAGCUAAAAACAUAUUAGGUAGUGACACUAAAACAACAUACAUACACAUAUAUUAAGAAUGUUUUCAUUAUACCGGUAAAAUGCCCAAGACUGCCAUAUGUGUGCACAAUAUACUGUAUCAUUACUUCCAAAAGGAGCUUUUUUUAAUAAUAAUUAUGGUGAAGAACAAAUGCAUGCAUGAUAAAGAGUAGACAUUU